AUGGCGGACGAGGCACAGGACAGUUCGCAUCCUAAUGGCACCACCAAAAUGGCAAGCGAAAGGAUUCUGGAAAUGGAUGUUGGGGACGCUAUCGAGUUGAUGGAUGUUAUUCGCGACGGCCGUCUUUGCUACAUCGAGCGCCCCUCGCACCCACUUCGGUCCCAAAACGGUCCCGCCCCCCUCGAUCUUUUCAUGCAGGAUAACGAAUCCAUCACGUCCUCGCCCGUGCAGCUCUACAUCCAUAAGGAAAAGCGCCCUCCUCGAAAAUUCCUCACGAAAGUUGUUCUCCGCGACUACGGCGUCCUCGACGUGCCUUGGCUUUCGAGUUCAGUGCGUUUGCGGAAUGCCACUAUUGAGGCAGACGAGAAAAAUCUUACCUUUGAGAUCACGGAGAAAAGUACCGGGUUUGGUGGCUUCGCGUCUUGUCUCGUGGUUCAAGCCAGAGAAUUAAACGAGUUUACGAGUUGGGAUACCGCUUUCAAAGAGCUAAAGCUUUCAGAUGAUGACAUCACCUACUCGGCUUGUCGAAACAUGAAAAUUUGCGAAGGGAGCAAUAGCACAGUAUACUACGGCAAGGCGAGCGAUAGAGGCAAUAGCCCCAUAGCCGUCAAAGUAAUAUCACGUGACACAACUCCCACACCAGCCCUGGUGGAGAGUUUCGUGGGGAAUAGGCUCAUGGUCAUCGAGAAGCGCAUGUACCCGGACUCUCUUGUCGCAUGCCGUCAAGUCUUCCACACGCCGAGGGAAACACAACUCAUCAUGGAGUACGUCCCGGGCCCGAGCUUGCAGAAAUGGUUGGCGUUGAACGGACCUAUGAAUGACAACGAUGCUUACCAGGUGUUCAGCCAGGUGCUGGAGGCUGUCCAGUAUCUUCAUAGCCUUGGAAUUCUUCAUGGUGGCAUAUCUACCCGCAGUGUUCUUCUUUGUGAAGCUAAUCCCACAGUAAUUGGCCCCGUGAAGCUAAUCGACUUCAGUAUGACAUCUAUGAAGACAGAGCCUUCUUCUGACAAGUUCUAUCCGGAACGCGAGCUGGAAGAAAUCAAACGUUGCGUAUGGAACAACGGAUUUGAAGGUAUCCCUCCGGAGAUCUGGAAUGACCGGCCUGCAACUUUGUCGAACGAUUUCUGGGGUUUGGGUUGCUUACUUUACCAGAUGCUCAUCGGUCCCCUCCCAGUUGGCGAAGCGGUCGGGGAACCGUGGGAUCGUGGCGGAAAGAUAAACCAUCGUUCAACGCUGGGAGAGUAUGCUAAAUUGAAAAGAGUUGACUGGAUGCAAGAAGCUCUUUUUCCUGCAGACUGCGAGGCGGCAUCGCGAAUAAGCCCGAACGCUCGCAGUAUUCUUUUCCAGCUACUUAGACCUGAGCCUAAUCGAAGGUUGGAUUCAGGUUGCAUUAAUCGACAUCCGUGGCUGACUAUGUCUCGGACAGCCACUGGGCGUCGUACCGCACGUUCGUUCUGGCCUCGGGUCUUGAUGGGAUAGACUGAUUCUGCUGUGAAAUUGUAUAUUGUAGUGACUUGUAAAGUGUACAUAUAUUAUUAAACCAGUACAUGCACGAGUUGGCGAAA